AGACCUACAGAAAAGCACCGGUGAUUCAACCAUGUCGGCGCGUAACGCCAUGGCGGCUAUGCUCGACGAAUUGAUGGGUCCAAAGCGAAAUGUUGAGUUGGGUAAAGACACCAAAGUAACAUUCGAUGAUCCGGACAUCUGCAAGUACUACAUUGUCGGAUUCUGUCCGCAUGAUAUGUUUGUGAAUACCAAAGCGGAUUUGGGAGUUUGUCCGAAGGUUCACGAUGACAAUUUGCGCUUAGAAUACCCAAAAAGCGACAAGUUUGAGAAACUCGGAUUUGAGAGAGAAUUUUUGAAAUUUUUGUCACGAUUGGAUGAGGAUAACCAGCGACGUAUCAGAAAGAAUCUGGAGAAGUUGAAGGCGAACGAAGAAAAUGGACAGAAGAAGGAAGAUUUGAGGAAGCUCCGCGAUGAACAAGAAAUUGCCAGAAUUGACGCUGAAAUCAAAACACAUAUGGCAGAGGCCGAAAAGGCUGGUGAGGAAGGUCUUGUCACCAAGUGCCAGGAGCUUGUGGAGAAGAUUGAACACUUGGAGAAGCAGAAAGCUGCUAUAGAAGAGAGAAUGAAUAGCACCGUUGCUGUGCCUCCUCCUAUUGAUGAAUCGCAGAUAAAAGUCAUGGAGGUGUGCGAAGUAUGUGGAUCCAUGCUCAUCAAAAAUGAUGCUCAGUGUCGUGUCGAGGAACAUUUGAGUGGAAAAAUGCACAUGGGAUUCUCCAAAAUUAAGGUUACUAUUGAGGAGCUCAGGGAACGCAUCAGAAAGCGUGAUGAAGAGAAUGAAAAAGAGCGGCAGAAGCUUAGAGAAGAACGCGAGAAGCGGCAACGUGAGAGAAGGCGUUCUCAUGAUCGCGAUAGAUCACGCGAUAGAGACAGGCGCAGAAGGUCGAGAUCGCGUUCACGAGAUCGCGACCGUCGUCGAAGUCGCUCACGCGACCGUCACCGUCGCGAUGAUAGAUACGACAGACGCGAUAGGGAAAGAGACGAUCGAGAGCGACGACAUCGCCACUAACUGGUCCACUCAACAUGCGAAUAGUAUGAGGUGCGCGCGAGGAUCAGUAUCCCGCGAUUUCCUUCCCGCAUCUUCUAUGACAAUUUACGGUUUUUUUCUGAGACAAUAUGAGACAAUAAUUUUUACUUUUUUCUGUGAGUGAAAAUAUGAGACACGCUUAUAUAAUAGAGGCAUUCAUCUUUUUUGUCGUUUUUAUUUUCGCGCUUCAUCAUGUUCAUCGUAUCACGAUUGGCCGUAUACCGUGAGAGUCUCGCCCGUACAUUCUUCCGUACUUGGUGAUCUUGUGCCCAUCAGGUACUAAACGCUUAUUUUUGUCUUUGGAACUUUGUUAAAUUUGUUUGAGUGUUUUGUAUAAUACUUAUAUAAAUACCGCGUAAAGACCGUACCGACGUUUACAAGGCGAGAGAGCAGCAAUGGAGCGAGUGUCGGCCGUUUACGCGCUCCGCCGUGCAUCUAUAGGCUCUGCAGAGGCAUGAUAGCGUCGUGAUUUCGAAAAGAGUUUGUGAUUUGCCAGCUGUUACGUUUAGCUGAUUGUCAGAGGCAGGUAUGAUAGGGUUUCCCAGUUGUACGCUAUUAGUUAUUCUGAUCUCUAUACUUUUCACAGGGUUCACUUUUUUGGGCAAUGUUAUAGCAAAAGUUGUAUGGGUACUGUCAGCCUAGUGCAGUUUUAGUGUCCCCGUUAUUUAGGUAAAGUGCGCCCUUGGUUUCAGCGAAAUUGUUCUUAUCCUCAGUAGUCACUUUUCUGACGAG